UCCCAGACCAGCUCCUAGUACAUCCCAUCCUGUAUCUGAUCCCAUGGAUCCUACCUCAGUUGUGCUUGGAAAAUUCCAUGGAAAAUGAAUUUAAAACAUUUUUGACAGCUGCCGGACACAAACUCGCAGUGGUUCAAUUUUCUUCAAAACGGUGUGGUCCCUGCAAAAGGAUGUUUCCUGUUUUCCACGAGCUGGCUGAAACUUGUCACAUCAAAACAAUACCCACAUUUCAGAUGUUCAAGAAAAGCCAGAAGGUAACCCUAUUCUCAAGAAUCAAAAGAAUAAUUUGCUGUUAUAGAAGUGGAUUCAUGAGCAACCUGAUUUUUGAAUUUUGUGGGGCUGAUGCUAAAAAAUUGGAAGCCAAGAUUCAAGAAUUAAUGUAAGCCGAUCUCCAAGGCAAAAUACACUUGUGACAUUUGAAAAGGCAAGAGCAAAUGUGUUUGUGCUUUCAUUUCCAGCAAAUA